UGAGCGUCCCGGAAGCCCGCCGGCAGCUUCCGGUCCCCGGACCAGAGACCGGAAAUAGCCCAGCAUCACGCAUGCGCGCGGCAGGCCCGGGCAAGCGAAGUCGCCUCUGGACCCCGUAACUUACCACCUUAACAAGCCGGCCCUGGAAGGCGGCUCCCGAGCAACCGAAGCUUCCUUCGCCUCUGAGGCCUGGCCAGAGCAGAGAAGCUUCGAGGCUUAUCAAGUCAUCAGAAGAAGCUUCUGAGGUCCGGCCGGAACCGAGAAGUUCUGGGACCUAGAAGACACCUAAACACCGAUUCCUGAGACAACGUUUUAGAGCCGUACCUGUGGCCAGCUCAAGACAUGGCUGCCCAGUGUGUCACAAAGGUGGAACUAAAUGUUUCCUGUGACAGUCUUCUGGAUAAAGAUGUAACAUCCAAGUCGGACCCUUUAUGUGUGUUGUUUUUUAACACGAGCGGUCAACAGUGGUAUGAGGUUGGCCGGACGGAAAGAAUUAAGAAUUCUUUGAAUCCCAAAUUUUCUAAGACAUUUGUUAUUGAUUACUACUUUGAAGUGGUUCAGAAAUUGAAGUUUGGACUUUAUGACAUAGACAACCAAACCGUGGAGCUGAGUGAUGAUGACUUCUUGGGAGAAUGCGAAGUCACUCUGGGACAAAUUGUUUCCAGUAAGAAGCUAACUCGACCACUGAUGCUCAAGAAUGGCAAACCUGCAGGGAAAGGGAGUAUUACGAUUUCAGCAGAAGAAAUAAAGGAUAACAGAGUGGUCCUAUUUGAAAUGGAAGCCAGAAAACUGGAUAAUAAGGAUCUGUUUGGAAAGUCAGAUCCAUACUUGGAGUUUCACAAGCAGGCUUCAGACGGUCACUGGCUGAUGGUUCACCGAACAGAGGUUAUAAAAAACAACCUGAAUCCAAUGUGGAAGCCUUUUAAAAUCUCCCUGAACUCUCUGUGCUAUGGAGAUAUGGACAAAACCAUUAAGGUAGAGUGUUAUGAUUAUGACAACGAUGGAUCACAUGAUCUCAUUGGAACAUUUCAAACCACCAUGACAAAACUCAAACAAGCUUCCAGAAACUCACCUGUUGAAUAUGAAUGCAUAAAUGAAAAAAAGAGACAAAAGAAAAAAAGCUACAAGAAUUCAGGUGUUGUCGUUGUAAAGCAUUGUGAGAUUACUGUAGAGUGCACAUUCCUUGACUACAUCAUGGGAGGGUGCCAGCUGAAUUUUAUUGUGGGAAUAGACUUCACUGGCUCCAAUGGAGACCCCCGUUCUCCAGACUCCCUGCAUUACAUCAGCCCUACUGGUGUAAAUGAGUAUCUGACUGCCAUCUGGUCUGUGGGACUGGUAAUUCAAGAUUAUGAUGCAGAUAAGAUGUUUCCAGCUUUCGGCUUUGGAGCUCAGGUGCCUCCUCAGUGGCAGGUGUCUCAUGAAUUUCCAAUAAACUUUAACCCCUCGAACCCCUAUUGUAAUGGAAUCCAAGGCAUUAUAGAAGCUUAUCGGACCUGUCUUCCUCAGAUAAAACUCUAUGGACCAACUAAUUUCUCUCCGAUUAUAAACCAAGUGGCCAGGUUUGCAGCCUCAGCCUCACAGCAGCAGACAGCCUCUCAAUAUUUCGUGCUCUUGAUCGUCACGGAUGGCGUGAUCACGGACCUUGAUGAAACCAGACAGGCUAUCGUCAAUGCUGCCAAGCUGCCUAUGUCUAUCAUCAUUGUGGGAGUUGGUGGAACUGACUUCAGUGCCAUGGAGUUUCUAGAUAGUGAUGGCAAAAGUCUUCGCUCCGCAUCUGGCGAGGUGGCCAUAAGAGAUAUUGUUCAGUUUGUGCCUUUUAGGCAGUUCCAGAAUGCUCCCAAAGAAGCACUUGCUCAGUGUGUCUUGGCAGAGAUUCCCCAGCAGGUGGUGGGCUACUUCAACACAUACAAACUCCUUCCUCCCAAAAACCCAGCUGUGAAAUAGAAGGAGCAGAAUUCAGAAACUAUGGAGCAAUGGCAUCUCUUUCACAGAAUGAUGUGUCUGCCUUCUGUGCUUCUCAUCCCCAGCAUUUCUGAUAUAAAGCCAGGUUUUUGUACAUAUUUUGCUUAAAGCAUACAUUUUAUACUUUGUGAAGAGGACAGUAGCAAUUCCAUUUCUGCUCAGUGAAUUCGGUGAUUGUUAGUGAUUUACAGAGAUUUCAAGAGUGCUGUUUGGCAUUGAAUUAAGUGUGGGAAAAGUGGGGUUUGGUGAUUUGUCGUCCACUUUCUACAAUGAAAAUGCCAUUUUUUUAAAUGUUGCCAGUAGAACAAGUGAAGAAGUACAGGAUGGUGUGCUGUGCAGGUUGCUAUACUGUUUGUGGGAGUGUCUGUACUUGUGACUGAGGGAGCGCCUUAGUCAGACAGUAGUGAAAUUGUGCCUGUGACUCUGUAUUCUGUACCUUUCCAUGCUGCUGUGCUGCAGUGUAUAAAACUCUAUUUUCAUGUGGGCCUUUAUGCAGAGCGAUGAGCUUACUCAGUUUUUAAAAUGUACAAUCAACCAAUAGAAAGAUCCUUGUAGACAAAACAUUUUUAUUUGCCUUUUGAAAUCUUUUCUUUUCUCUGGGAAUCAUUCCACAUGACAUGGUCAGGCUUGGCCUUUGCUUCACUGAGUGAACAAGCCCCUCAGCUUCUGUGGCUGUACAAAUAAGUCAUCCCAGAGGCUGCAGGAUUAGAUCAGUGUAAGGUGACUAACUAGGACUGCUCUGUUCACUAGAGCUUUGAGGACCAAACAUUUCAGAUGAAAAUUCACAGUUGCAGGCCAGGCAAUGGUGGCCUAUCAUCCCAGCACUUAGGAGGCAGACGGUCGCUACAAGACAGCUCGCCUCCUCCGUGAGGUCCAGGCCAGCCGGCCACACACCGAGCAUAUAUUUAAAAUAAAUGAAUAAAUAAUUGAGAAAUCUACUUCUUUUAAUUAGUAACAUAAUUGGGAGAGCUCAUUUUUAUUCUUUUCUUGCUAAGGUCCUGUACAUUGAUUUGUAUAGAUUUAUUUAGAUAUUUUUGCCUUUUAAAAAUUGUAUUUUUGUUUUCUUUAAGCUUAUAUUCCAGUUAUUUAUUAAUCAAAAUUUCAUUUUUCAUUUCAAUAAUGUACUAUUUUGUAAGUCCAGAAUGUAUUCUGUUAAGUUUAAAACCUGAUAUAAAAUUAAGAAAAAAGAAAAAAAAAAAACCAUGCAAACCCUUUUCUAACUGCUACAUUUAGACAGAGUGGACUUAGGCUUGUUUUGAAGAAUAGAAUUAUCUUAACUUUACCCUUUGCUUAAUGAGCACACAUUUUUGGAAUAGAUUCUGUAACAUUAGCCCGAUGAUCUUAAUAUCAAAUACUUUCUGUGUAGUGGCCAAUUAUCACUAACAAUUUAACAUUUAGAAUAUAUCCUUAAGCGGAUGUCCACAGCACCACUCAGCCAUUCUGUCAGUGUUCCUGAGUCUCCACCACUGCCUGUGGCUUUGCUCUCUGCAGGAAGCGCUUACUGCUGAGAUCUGGCUCAGGGGAGAUCCACUUGUUUUGUUUGCCUGGCCCAGGGGCGGUUGCCUCCUUCCUCCAUGGGUAGCUGGCAUCUGGGGAUGUGCUGUCGCCUGAAGCAGUGCACCUCUGCAGCAGGAGUUCUUAAAUUUAUUUUUGAGUCUGUUCUCCCAAGAAAUUCGUAUGCUACCCUAAUUUUAUAUGUAUUUAAGAAAUGAAAUGAUGCAUUGCAUGUAAAUCAACUGAAAUUUAAUGUAGGGGCCUGGAGAGGUCGCUCUGGGUUGGCAGCACAUACUGCUCUUGCAGAGGACCUGUUGGGUCCCAGAGCUCCAGUCAGCUCUAACAGGAGAUCUCAUUCUCUCCUCCGUCCCCCUUGAACACCUGCACACACCUGCAUGUACACACACAGACAACAAAUGUACUUAACUGUUUUUGUUAGACAUAAAAUGUUACCAUUUUUAAACGUGAAAGCAUAUUUGCCUACACAGGUGAAUAUGCUUCUUUGUUUUUACGUAAGAAUUAGAUCUCAGCUAAAAAUUUGGUAUUACUGUACAAAGAACUAAAAAUUUGAUAUUACUGUACAAAGAACAUCUUUGGUGUGCUUCCGAUUUGUUUGAUAUUUUGAUUUUAUAAUUGUCAAUGAUUAGAACCCCCUUUCAAUAAACACAUAGUACAAAAUAUCAUAAAUAUGUUUAAGGGUGUUUCAGAAGUUGGGAGUUCUGUCCUUAUCCUAAGCCAAAGAUUUAAAUCUUGUUAAAUUAAAAGAUUUUUGUAUGAGCUGUUUGGUGGUGGCACCUAUCUUUAACCCUAGCACUUGGGAGACAAAGGCAGAUGGAUCUCUAAGUUUGAGACCAGCCUAGUCUAGAGAGUUCCAGGAUAGCCCAGGGUAUGCAGAGAAACCCUGCCUACAGAAACAAAGGGAAAAAAAGAUUUGUCUAUGAAGCUUAAGUUGACAAUUUUUAAAAUCAAACUUUGUAGCAUAGUACAAUCUGGAGAUAUAGUGAUUGGAUAUUGACUUGAUCAGAAUGGCUGGGAAGUAUUGAAGUCUUUGUUUUCUGUGACUGUGCACCCAUGCUAAAGCCUAGUAUGUAAGGUGAACUCACGGUGCUUCAUCAUACAUAACGCAGCCUUGAGUCUGAGCUGCGGUUUUCAGGUGGUGUGUGUUGUCACAUGGCAUGGCAGCUGUGUAGGGCAGAAUGCCCCAGCUGUGUCUUCAGAACCAAGGCUGCAGUGAAGUUGAGUGAUACCAAUGGGCAGGCCCUGCCAGAAACAUCCUCACUACCCUUUUGAUUUUGGAUUAGUUUUUGACCAUUGUGCAUUAGCGACCUUUUACUGUUGUCUGGCUUUUCCAGUAGUUUCAUGGUGGCUUACGGGGCCAUGGCCCACAGUUCAAGAACCUGGGCUCUGUAGCAUGACUCAUUAGUAACAAUUCAGUUAUCAAUAGAGGACAUGAAUAUUGAUUUUUCCCCCUUUUCUCUUCUCUCGUUAUUGUUUCACAUAUCAGUUUCAGCUCUCUGUGCUCGGGAAGGUGUCGCAGUGGUUUUCAGGACUCUUUUGCAUACAAAGGGAGCCUGCACGGAAAUGGCUAACAGAAUCUCUGUAUAUUAAAUGGUAGGAGACGCUCUGAAGCAGGGCUUUCUGGGCUGGCUCAGCCCCAGAGGGUGCUCAGAUGCAGGCUCUUCUUCAUCUGGCAGCCAUCUUGCUUCUGCCAUUUGGUGGUUAACAUUCUGACUUAAUGAAUCAUCAUGAUCAGGUUUUCUAGAUUUGUGAGAGAUAUGAUUCUGGCAGAUUAAAGUCAUCCAUACCUUUCUGCAGUUUGAAAUAAAAGCAUUUUGAAAUAAAAGCAGUUUGAAAUAAAAGCAUUCCCAACGUCUAGAUUACCAUUUUGUAAGAUUCUUAGUUUUAGCACUCAACUUCAUUCCAUGCUGUUUUAUAGUGUUUAGUAUCCAAAUAUUUAUUUCUUGUUGUGCCACUAUUUGAGCAAGUGCCAUUCAUUCUUAAAAUACCUCCAAAAUAAAAAUCAUCAAAUUGACCUUCAUUCUUCUGAACUACAUGUGUAUGUGACCAUGCUGUGUGUAGAUGUACGAUUUCUCACAUGCAUACACACAUGCACACACGCACACACACACACACGCACAAGUGUUCACCAUAGGCACAGUCAGCUUUUCCUGAGCAGAUCCAGGGCCUCAUUGAUGCUUGUGCUGCAUUUUGACAUGCUUUGCCCUUUCCAUUUCCUUUGUUUCCUAGAAAGCUUCUUCAAGAGUGAGCUCUAGUCUAUUUUUCAUGAAGGUGAUGUAAGCUAGCAGCUGGUUGGAAACUGAGCAUUUGUGUUGUGGUUGUCACAGUGUGUGCAUAACUUACUAAUAAAUUUAUGCUAAAUGUAUCUUCAGUAUGAGUUCCCUUUGAAUAAAGUCACUUCUUGAUGUAA